GCUCCUGCUCAGCCUGUCUCCAAGGGUAAGGCUCCUGCCCAACCUUUGUCUGAGGAGAAGGCUCCUGCUCAGCCCAUCUCCAAGGGUAAGGCUCCUGCUCAGCUCGCUCAGGAUGUCCCCGUCAUCUCUGGACAGAACGCACUCUCUGCUGCCGCCCAAGACAUCCUCAACUUGGGUAUUCAGCGUUCCUCCCAGCAGAUGGCUUCGCCUGCCAAUCGUCAGAUGGCAAUCCUCAGAGCACGUAUCCUCGCCAGCCUCUCACCCGCUGCUAGGGCUCUGGUUGACCCUUCUCGCCGCGAGUUCGAAGACCCCGUCGCCCGUGAACUGCUGCGCGAAAGACUUCUUGCUCACUGGAACGCAGAGAGUGCAGCCUUGAACACCGAGCGCGCUGUUGUGCUCCACCAGGCCCAUCUCCGCGAGAGUCUGCAGCGUAACCCAGUCCGUCGCGAUGUCCGCCCCGAGGUUGAUGCCGAGGUUCGCCCUCAGGCUCUUCCUCUUCUCAGUCUUCGUGGCAUUGCCUUCCUCCUCGCAUUCCUCAUGAUCUGGGAUGCACUUUCUGGCCUUCUCUCUGCUUGA